CAGGUAAAAAAUAAGUUUUGACGCUGCAAUGUCAAACCUUUCUUCGACUCAAGUUUCUUCCCCCUGGCUUGUGAUGAUGAAGACGGGCUGGAGGCAGCAGCACAAGGGGAAACAGGUUGUUUUAGCCCUACUUCUUUUCAAAAUGGUGAUCAUGGCAGCAAAUUCGGCACGAUCAUGUAUGAAAAUAGGUUUCGCCUCAACAAGAUUACCGUUUUGGCGAGCUGUCUGCACCAAGGUCCAUGGCACUUCUUUUCUCUUCCCCAGUCGAUCACGAGUCUUGCGUUUUUCCAGCACCGAAGAUAGCAAUCAAGGUAGACCUCCGUAUGCUGCUAGCGACACAGGAGAUGAAAGCACUGGAUCAGAGAGUAAAAUCUCAAUCAUUUCCAAAGCUUCUUCCAAAAAGAAAAAGAAGGGAGGGAAGGAGAAGGCGGAGAUGUUUCGGCUGGAUCGUCUGCUCGCAAACCGGGGGGUGGGGACAAGAACAGAGGUGACGGCCCUGGUGCGCCGAGGCAAGGUGGCCUUAGACAACAAGAAAGUGGUCAAAGACCCCUCCUUCCACAUCCCUUCCGAUGCCGUCCUUCUCGUCGAUCACCCUUUUGGCGUUCACUCCACCAUGGGAGAUCCUAUGGGAAGACCUAAUCUGGAAGAUGUGCUUCCUCCCCGCCUUGCCAAGACCUUCCACCCUGUAGGGCGCCUGGACGCCGAUACCACGGGCCUGCUUCUUUUCUCAGGAGACGGUCAAUUAACGCAACGUCUUUUACAUCCGUCCAGCAAUGUGCAAAGGGAAUAUUUGGCGAUGGUAGACAUUGAUGUUGGGGUGAACGGAAAUGAGGAAGAAAAGAAGAGAAAAGAAGCAGAUUUUGAAGCAGCGCUGCGAGCUAAGUUAGCUGCAGGUGUCAAGACCGCGGAUGGAAUUUAUGAGGCACAACUAUUGGAGGUCAUGCGUAGGAAAAAAAUAGAAGAGAGAGAUGACGAAGUGAAUUCCAUAGAGGAAGAUAAGGGGGCAGAGGGGAGGAAAUCAAAUGCAAGAGAGGAGCUUGUCCUUCGCGUCGGCGUCAGCGAGGGGAAGCAUCGUAUGGUUCGACGUCUUUUGGCCAACGCGGGUUAUCCAGUCGUAGCAUUGCAUCGCGUUAGGUACGGGCACAUAUCUCUGGGAACGUUGUCGGAGGGGGAGGUGACGGAAAUAGAAGCUCAGAGCGAAGGGGGACAGUGGGCCCGGAGAUUGCUAGGAAGCUGA